AUGACGUCCCGGUCCCGGUCCCCCUUCCCCUUCCUCCCAGCAGACACAGAGACGCCUCAAAGUCUCGCGAGAGCGGCAGAGGUAUUUAAAGGCCCGGUUGGGGGUUCUGCGGCCUUGUUUAGCGCGCGAAGGGGCAGGGGCAGCUCGGCCUCAAGCUCACGGCCAGCCUCAAAAAGAAAAGCAGGAACUUGGAAUUCAGGAAGACUUGUUGGGCGACCUGAGAAUCCAUCUGGUACUGAAGCAGGUGGCGGUCCUUCUGCAGAAUCUUCAGCAAACUCUGGAGGUCCACCUAAGUUGCCCAAGCCAAAACUUGACCUGAAAGCCUUCUUUGACUAUCGCUUCAGAAGGAGGCAGCAAAGAGAGGAACAGUACAGGAAACGGAGGCUCAGAAGCCCUCGGGCAGAAGCGGCCCCUAAACACAAGAGCCCAGAACCGCUUGCCAAGAGACCGCGGCUCAGAGUCUCAAAGGCAGAGCGAAGGAGAAGGUACAGGGAGCGGAGCCCUCUGUUUCCUUUUGUGCAGAAACUCUAUGGAACAAAACACAUUCCCGUCAGGAUGGAGUGUUUGUUUGAGCACGCAGCUUUGGAAGGAUUCUUCAAAUACAUUCGUAUGCAGAAGUAUGAGCACCACCUCAAGGAAUCUCUGGCACAGCUGGGGGCUGCAGAGGAUCUAGAACAGGAGAGUCUGGACUCACGGAGGCACAAAUACUUGGAUGACGACGGCCCUCUUUCUCCCAUUGAGGAGACAAGUGGAGAAGACCCGGAUGAGAGUUGUGACACAGAAGACAUUGGUGCCAAGAUUGUGGAGAACAGCUGUUUCAUAUUAAGUAGCAAAAUCCCAAAGAAGAAGAAAUCCAAGAGGAAGACCAAGUGA